AUGUGGAAGCGUCGAAACGAACACUUUUGGUCAGAGACCAAUCCGCGAUUUUCCCAAGAAACUGGACACCAGACACGUUGGUCUGUAAAGGUAUGGGGCGGCGUUUAUAAAAACUUAACACUGGGGCCUAUUUUUUUUUUACUAUCACGCAUGGCCGGUGUGUCGUACCUACAUUUUAUAAAUAACGAACUGUUGGACAUACUGGACGACAUACCGCUGGCCGACUAUCCGCGCGUAUGGUUUCAGCAAGAUGGUGCACCUCCACACGUGUCUCGUCCUGUUCGCCAGCGCCUGGGCGAACUGUUUGGCGAUCGCUGGAUUAGACGAAUGGGACCCCAUGCAUGA